AUGAUCGACUGGGAAGAAGAGCAUGGGAGAGUUACUAUCAAGCGGGUCCAACUUGCUGAUAUCGAGGAUAGUGCAAUUGUACCACCUGAUUGCGAUAUCCUUGGGAAGGCUGUGGGAAAUUGGAUGUGGCGUAGCCCGGAGGCCCAUGUAAACGCUCGUGUGAAUACGCCCUCUGACAUGUUCUCUUUUGGGAUUGUUUGUAUCUGUGCAGUCCUAAAGCAUGUUAUCCUUGCGGUAGAUGCAAAGACACUCCCUGAAGGUGUAGAAGUUCAAGCGAUCGUUCUCCAGCGCCAACUCUCAUAUUUUAGUAACAGUGAUUCUACCACUGCAUUCUUGAAGCAUAUUUGUGAUGAAAGUCCCUGGCGCAAAGUUAUUGAUGUCCUUUGGAAUGGAUUCGAUGAAACCACGCCCCGUGAACCUUUUGCUCUGUGGAAGGAUGUUGACCCAGUCUUUAAAGACUUGAUUGCUGGCUUGACGGAUCUUGAUCCCAAAAAGAGGCUCACUGCUCAGGGGGCUUUGGAUCAUCCGUGGUUCAAGGGAAUCGAGGAAUAA